AUGGUGAUCAUUGACGAUGAUGUCUCUAGUAUAUCUGAUUUACAUACAUAUCUUCAUCAACAUUUUGAUAUGAAGAGUCUUGGUAAGCUACGUUAUUUUCUAUGUCUUGAGAUUUAUGACACAAUAGAUGGUAUCUACUUGUUUCAGACGAAGUAUGCUUAUGACCUCAUCUCCCGUGUUGGUUUGACUGAUAGCAAAAUUGCCUCAACUCCACUUGAGGCAGAUUGUCGUCUUACUCCUCUCGAUGGAACCACUAUUAAAGACCCCACGUUCUAUCGUCAGUUAGUGGGCUCCCUGAUAUAUCUAACUAUUACUCGCCCUAACAUAGCUUAUGUAGUUCACAUAAUUAGUCAAUUAAUGACUAGUCCUCAUACAACUAAUCACUCUGAUGUGUUACGUACUCUCCGCUAUAUUAAGGGCACUCUCUUACAUGGUCUUCACUUCUCCGUUGAUUCAUCAUUGAUACCCAUUGGUUACUCAGAUGCUGAUUGGGCAGGCGAUCCCACUGACCGACGCUCCAUCACUAGUUAUUGUUUCUUCUUGGGUGAUUCUCUUGUUUCCCGGUGA